GGGCGGAAGCUGACGUGAGCACGUCGAGCUUUGUUGUUAGCACGAGCCUCCUCGGUGCCGCUAAGGAACGGUCGGCUUCAGACUUUCUCCUCCAUCGUUUCCUCCGGGGCAGCAAUGUGCGGCCGGGCGGCGCGCUGCCGGCAGCCGGCCGCUCAGGUGCGCUGCUGCGGCGGACAGUGAGGAGCGCUCGGCCGCAGCCCGGCGGCUCAGUCCAGGAGGGGGACCUGGGGGACCCGCAGCACGAGAGCAACAAUGGUCACGGCGUCUAAACUUUCCCACGCAUCUCCAGCUGGAGGCACGGAUGGCUGAUGGAACUUCUCCCUGGCUGAUGGGAUCGUGGCAGCGGUCAGUUUGUUUCUUUUGAUUUCCUCCGGCGCGUUAGUUCGGAGCAGCCACCUGUCCCGGGCGGAAAUCUGGCGCACUGUCCCGCUGCGGCUCGUAGAACGGCCUCUUUAAAUAACCGAGCCAAGGAGCGGAGGUGAACAUGGGGGCAAAGCAGAGCAGCCCCUCCGCUAACUCGGCCGCUAACGGACGGACCAGAGCCUACUCCGGAUCGGACCUGCCGUCCGCCACCUCCAGCAGCGGCAGCAGCGGCGGCGGCGGGACCAGCGCAGCGGGAGCGGGGGUGCGGUACCGCGCACACGGCGCUUCCAGAGCCUCCGGAGCCGCGUCCAGCUCCGGUCAGCCACCCGGAGCCCGGGCCAGGUCCGCGGGGGGCUCCGGGGGUUCCGUGGCCAGAGCCCAGUCCGGCAUCAGUAUUCCGAGCAGCGGCGGAGUCUACAGCUCACCGGAGUCCGGCGGCAGCAGCCCGGAAGAGGCGGCCGUCAGGGACCGAAGAGGGCAAGAGGGUCCCCGGCUGGUGAUUGGAUCCUUACCCGCACACCUGUCGCCUCACCUGUUCGGAGGCUUCAAGUGCCCAGUGUGCUCCAAGUAUGUUUCCUCUGAUGAGAUGGAUCUUCACCUGGUUUUAUGUCUAACCAAACCACGAGUCACGUAUAAUGAGGACGUCCUUUCUAAGGAUGCGGGAGAAUGUGCAAUCUGCCUGGAGGAGCUGCAGCAGGGAGACACCAUCGCCCGCCUGCCCUGCCUCUGCAUCUAUCAUAAAGGCUGUAUUGAUGAGUGGUUUGAGGUGAACAGAUCCUGCCCGGAGCAUCCGUCAGAUUAAAGCUUCCUUUGCACAGUCCACUCUGAGAGGGGUCUACAGAAUGAAGCAUGGAACCCAGAGGACAGCUGGACCCUGUGAACACUGUGAUCAGCUAACCCGUCCCGCCCCCUCCCAAGCAGCCAACCCAAUGUUGUAGAACUACAGUAUGCCAAAUCUCUUUGGAGGAACCUUCAGGGAUAUAAACUUUGUUUUUUUUUUAUGUUUGAGUUGCACAUUUCUGCCGAGUCUCCAAGUGAAUGGACACAUCUGCACCUCACAGUUGCAUCAGGACGCGGGGAGGUGUUCUCAGAGGGUGCUGUUGUGUUGGGUCAGCUCUACGGGGCACGGCUCGCUCUAACUUCGCCUCCCUUCUGACACCUCCUCUGUCAGCGUUGAUUUCUUUCAGUGCCUUGUUGCAGCGAUGCUCUGCAGGAAGCAAGGUGGGACAGAGGCUAUCGGUGGAGGCAGCUGCAGCUGCAGGAGCAUCUCACCAUAACUGCCAUCAAAGUAGGAACAAGCCAGAGACGGCCUGUCUGCGUCGGCAGCUCCUCGCGGUGCCAAUCAACUGUGAAUACCGUCCGUUGCGCAUCUCAUCAGUGCUUUUUAAUCCUAAACCAUGAAGCAGGGCUCUCCAGGUGCAAAGCUGGGUGCCACAGUUGCCGGCCUCGAGCUGCUGCAGUCUGUCGGUGCCAGCUGGAUAAAAGCAAAAAGCUCACCUCCUUGUUAGACUUCAUUCUUUGUCAUGUGAUAUUUUUACAACGGCACUUCUCUACCUUCACACCAGGCUUAACUGUUAUGUUGGUUUACAGACGUUUUAAAAUACAGCUGUGUUAAAAAAAAAAAAAUAGCAGAGGGAACCCUGAAAAAAUGCCUAUGAAGAUUUCUCUGCGCUGUGAAUCACUGAACGUGUGUUUCCAGCGCGGAGCGGACCUACGCCGGUCACCUGUGAACCGGUAUCCCAGUCAGGACCGUUGGUUCCUCUGCAGUACUGGUCACGUCUCAGAAUCAGCAUCACUAAGCAGAUCGCUCACUGUUUUAGUAGACGUUAUAAUAACUUGAUAUGUUCAAACUGAUGAUUAUGUGAGAAAUGGGUCGGACACCGUUAUCAGAGAAACAUCCCUAUAGCAUGAGGCCUGCGCCACUGUGCUGCAGUGCACUAUGGCUUAUAUUUAGUGAGCACAAAAAGAACAAAUUUGCUUACAGUGCUGCUCCGCGUCUCUGCAGGCUUCUGUUUUCUAUUACUGUACCACACACACCAGGAAACUAUUCGCCAUGUAAAAAUGUCAUUUUGACCUAAACAGGCGUAGAUCUGGUUAGAGAUGCUGAACUUACUGUAUAAUCUCCUUCAUUCAUAGCAGAAUCCUGACUCCCACAACUCUGUAGGGAACAAAGUACUUACAGAAAAUAAAAAAAUGAACUUUUAUUUUAAUUUUAUAAAAAAAAAAAAAACAGAUCACUUGGUAAAUACUAAGACAUUGAAAAAGAGAAGCUUGAAAAGAUCCAAAUGAACCAGACGGACUGAUUCUGUGGCCGUUGUGUCACACUGCUCCACCGUUAACGCUCAAAGGGAAUACGUUUCAGACUCAUGUCCACGCUUACCAGACUGCUGUGAUUCAAAGUUGCCACGGGGAUGAUGUGUCUCUCUGGCGCUGUUCACAUGCUGGCACAAGAAGAGCCGACAUGACGGGAGGAAUCGUCCAAAAUUUCAGAGGACCAUGGCUUUUUUUUUUUUUUUUAUCUUUUUAUGUCUUCAAUACUUUCCUUCUUUGUGUUUUGUUUGGUCCACCUCUUUAAGGAACAGUGUGCAACAAUUACUGACAUCUAGUGGUGACUGACAGGCCCCAGCUGUAAGACAUGUGCCAUCCAUCUAAAGCCCCCUCCCUCCUGUUUUCACCAGACAGGGCGGGGCUGCAGCUUCCUUCUCAGGUAGUUUAGUCUGACUGACAUCCUGCUGGGUGUUGUACCAACCAGGGGUCGCUUAUACCCCCCACCCCAGGAGAAUCGUCCUCACAUGCUCUGACUACUGGCCAUUUAAAGUCAUUUCCCAAUAAAUAAUAUCUACCAGCAGGAGGACAGUGAGGUCAUUUGUUUUAUCAGGGUUUAUAAUCUGUCAUAUUUGAGUCAACGGGCCUGAAAGGGGAUCAGAACCAAAAUAAAAUGGGAAUUGUGUAAUGCAAAGUUUUGAGAUAAUGUGCAAUUAAUGAAAUCAGAUAUUACAUUAGGUUUAAGGAUUCUUAGGCACAUUUAUGUCCAGUAUUCAUGAAAAUAUUGAACUAGAAUGAGAAAUAAAUGAAACAACCUAGGUGGAAGGCCAUUGGUGCGAGAUAAUCUUUUCCAGGUUUAAAAUAAGUUACAAAAUGAUGGAGGAGGACAUACCCAGAAGCUCUUCCUCCACCGAAAAGUCUAGUUGAGGCUAUUUCCUGAACGUUAAGUUUGUGCUGUGAUGUUGCCUUGCAUGCUACUUCCUGACAAAGCAGAGGAGCAGCUUCAGAGCAUGCACAGAUUAUACUUAACCCUACUAGAUCUUCUCAAGUCAAUGUGUUGUUCUGCUGCUUCAUUGGAGCUUGAAAACAAAUUGGAACAUUACCGGCACCUUGUGAUAGAGGCAACACGUUACUUCUGCAUGCUGGUAAAAACAAAACGCUCACAGUCCUUGUACUAUUCAAUUAAGCAUUCACAGCCUUUGCUAGGAUGAGAAGAACAGAAAAAAUAUUUCAGCAGCCUGAAGGUUCCAACAGCUCUGUGUUCUCCAAAACUCUGAAACAGAAGAAGUUUGGAGCCAUCUGGACCAUCCCUGGUUCUGGCUACCAGAAAUGCUGUAGAUACUGUGGGAGUGGUGGCCUAGAGCCACUGUGGGUGUUUGUAGCAUGGAGAGGUGGCAAAGGUUGCCGGUUCAAAACUCACUCUGGGUUCCUGAGCAAGACCCUUGACCACAGCUUGUUCCCCGUGUGCCACUCAGUGUCGGCAGCACACUGCUCCCUAAGGGAUGGGUUAAACAGACAGAUUGGCCCUCUGAGGGACUACAAAGGGAAAUACUUAUUGAUUUAAUCCAAGCCAAAGGUGCUUCAACUAAAUCUCACCUUAUGGGUGUGAAAACAUAUGUACAAAUUACGUGAAAAUGUGAAAACGUGUACUUUUUUUAUACAUGUACGAAAAUGUAAAAUUGUAUUUUUACAUGCUCAUUAUCGGCUAUUUUAUAUUGAUUAUUUUUGGUUUAGAGAAAGCCUGCAGGAAAAUCUGGAAAGUGAAAGGAUGUAAAUACGUUCUGGUGACGCCCCUAAUAAAACCCAAUGUGUUUGGGAAGAUUAGUUGCUGAUUGGAACACGACUUUAAUGAGCUGCCGACCCAUUGUCUACAUGCAGGUGUUCAGUCAUGUGUAGGUUUUUGGUAAUUGUUACACACUGGAACUCUGGUGACUCUGACUGUAUCUGGUAGAGAAGCUCCUGGCUGAGCUGCUGUAGCUGCAGAUAAACUAGCGUCCACAUCACAUCUUGUAGGGCUGCACAGUUAUAAGCACAGACAUCCACGCUAAAAUGAUGAACUCUUUUCUAUUAACUGGAUCAGACUGUUGUACUAAACCGUGCCUGCUGGCUGCUGUUGACUGAUUGGGGUUCUGGCUCACUGGACUUAAGUCAGAGUCCUUCAUCUGAGUAAACCUGGCUGCAAAACAGGAGACAGACUGGAAAGGCAGGAGCGGCCGCCCAGAGCCAGCCUGGAGGAGCGUAGGUUGUCUGAAGAUCAGUCGGCUCCUGAUCUGAUGGAUGAACUGGUCUUGAAUCUGGGAGCAGGAGCUCCUCGAGGAGAGAUGCAGGGAACCAGUUGAUCCCAAAGCUCCAGAACUGUUUGGAGUGUUGUCCUCCAUUUCUUCCCCUACCAUCUUUGUCUUAUCUGUGACUCCAGUACAUAAUUUACUGCCCGCUUCCACAAAGAGCAUUUUGCUACAGGAAAAAAAAAACAUGUUUCUAAACUUUGUCAGAAAUAAUUUCAAAAGCUGCUUUUUCAUCACCAAUAACACCAUGUGCUGCUGCUGCUGCAACAAUGAGGGACUUCCCCCGUUUUGUUCCUCUUUCUUUUCCUCUAACUCCUGCCAGUUAAUGUAAGGCUUUUAUGGAAAUCUUUAACACAGAAGCACAUUUGCAGCGGUAGAACCCUGCAUGUGAAACAACACGUGCCCAUCUGCUUGUGCUGGUAUGAGCCGCAGUCCGGUUUAACUCCUAUCCCGAUCCUUCAAAGUGAGAAUUAUUGGUUCUCACAGAAUUAUUGUUUCAGGGCGCUUCCUCUUCAGUAUAAGGCAACAUGACCUCUUCAAGGAUUUAAACCCACGUAUGAUUCCUGGGAUAUAAGAAAAUCCUCACAUGGUAUAAAAAUUCCUUUAUUGUCCCGCAUUGGGGAAAUUUGGGUGUGGCAGUGGCAAACAGACAGUUACAAUUAUGAGCAAUGAAAAGAAGAAUAAAAGGACAAACCAGUCUAAUCUAAAAUUAGCUCUUAGAAACACCAAGAGUAGAAGAUAAAAGUAAAUGCCAGAGUAAAUAUUAAAUAUUGCACAAUGAAAAUGAUUUAACAGUGUGGGGGAAAAAAACAGCCUUUCUACAUAAAGCUUGAUAAUAGAAUAUGCAUGAUAGUGCAGCAGCAUCCCUAGCCAAAAGGUGUGUACUUUACCUUAGAACAUAGCUCAGUAUGAGAGACCAGCCCAUAUCAUGAUCCUGAGCAGCCGUGCUUCACUGUACUGUGAACUCUGGUUUGAGGAGGUUUAGGCAGUUUGCUUGACCCCAAAACACAGAGAUAAAUCCCAGCUUCAUUAGUUUUGAUUCUCUUUAGGUCAGGUCAUGUGUUUUCUGGGAAAGUAACAUAUUCACCCCGUAAUGUUCUAUCAGCAGUGGGUCUUUGUGGGGGAUUCUUACUGGUAGCUUAGCUUGACGUAGACUUCUAAUUGUUCCAGGACUUAGUGCCAACUCUAGAACCUGUUCUGUCACCCUGGAGCUGAUCGGCAGAAAACACUCAUUGGUCCGUUGACUGACGCUAGAAUGCUGUUAUUCUAAAUGUUCAAAAUGGAUUUGCCCCGCUCAGUUUUUUUUCUUUUCUUUUUCAAAUUUAAAACACACACACACACACACACACACACACACUGGCACAAGUUUAAAUCCAGGACAUAAUAUUUAAUUUAUCUGUUCCAUAGCUUUGGAUCGCAGACUCCCGACUAAUGAAAAGGACUGAUGAUAGCUGUGUUCAGUAACAUGCUGAGCUUUUAGCAAUGCCCUGUUUCCAGACUGCAUUACUAAUUGUAGUUAGUCUGGUUGCUAAGAAAUAUUGGUUAAUCCCACUGGGUUUCCUACUCAGAACCGGUACCAGGUUAAGUUGUCAGCAGUGUCAUUUCCAGAUCCAAGUUCCAAUUCCUGAGGUGUGUAGACAACAGUGCUAAGCUGCUAAGUUAGCCACUGUUAGCCUUAACCAACACUCAGGCAAAGUUUCCGUCUUUCUCUCCCUCAAAAUGUUGUUCAGAAAAAGUCUAAUUUAACAGGAUAAUACGUUAAAGGGAAACAAGGGGGAGCAAUUUAUGUAUUAGCUUUGAACAUUUGUGUUGUUGGUUGGCAAAAUACAAAAAGUUCAAGUUUUGGCUCAAGUAACUUUUGCAUAAUGUGAUAGUUUUAGAGUUUUUCACUAAAAACAUUCUUUUUGAACCUAGGACAAAAAUAUCUUCUAUGAGACUUCAGCAUAGGAGGUGAUGAAUUCAUUGGGAAAGGAUGAUGACAUGGAAACACUUGAUUCUGGACAGAGAAUUACUGUUAGACUAAGGUUAGCCUAUAAAAGGCUCCUCCAUUCACGUUCCUUUAAACGUUUUUUUUUUUAAUUUUUUUAUUACAAAUUUUAGGAGUGGCGGCACAAUUUAAAGUAACAUUUUUAAAAGUAGUUUUUCCCAGGUUCUUUUUUAUGUGCAGGAGACAGACUACCUGAAAAGUAAUGUCAGUGUAACUGAAAUAAAACUGAUCCCAGUUUGUCUUCACAACAGGAAGCAGAAGAGGAACAGGUUGUGAGAAAAAGGAACUAGUUCAGGUCUUUACCCUGGCAACCCUGAAGCAUAAAUCCAACGUGUUAAGUUACUAUUUUCCCUUUCCCAGUCUGCUUCUAAAUAUCAGUUGUUUAGUUCAGAUUUAUGAAGCCAGAUGUAAAGUUCUGGAGUCACUUUGACUGUAACAGGACCUUCUGUGGACCUGUCCGAGCCCAAAAUCUCUUUCUGUGUGUAUGUGUGAUUGUGGCUGACAGUUUUACUAGCAAAGUAAGGACUUUGAUGUAGAGAUGUGGAGUGAGGACAUUUCUUUGGUUCCUCACGUUUUCUGGGGCUAAGGGUCAGGUUUAGGACUAAGAUGUCAGUUAGGUUAGGAUUAGGUAUAUACCCAUAAAGAUUAGGUUUAAGGUCAGGGCUAGGCCAUAGAGAGGCUUGAAAAUGAAUGGAAGUCAGGGCACAGUCCUGGGUAGGUAUUUAAAACAAGAAUGUGUGUGUGUGUGUGUGGUGUGUGUGUGUGCUCUUGUACUUGCAGCUAAGCCAGAACAUUGCUAAGUUUACUAGUAAAGUGAGGACCUUUUGUCGGUCCUCACUUUUAUUCUGGGUUAGGGGUUAAUUUUAGCACUAUGGUGUCAUUUAUGUUUAGGUUCUGGUACCGGUCCGGUAUAAACCUGCAAAGGUUAGGCCAUAGAAAGGCUUGAAGAUGAAUAGAAGUCAAGUCAUGGUCCUCACUAUGUACAUAAACAUGUUUGUGUGUGUGACAAAGGUAUUUGGGGAAGAAAUGGAGUGAACUUUAAAGUUUUGGGAUCCACUGUGUGAUAACCAGGGCUGCUGCUUUUUCAUACACUCAACAUGUAAAAACUGAAUGUGACGCUGAAUGGCAGAGCCAUGUAAUACACGCUACCACCACACGGUGGAGCCGUAGCUCCUCCCUGCAGUGCUGGGAUUACUCUUCCACUCUCCGAACAGCUCAAAGAUCCAUGUGUACCAUCAUGUCUCUCUGUAAUGUGACAACCCUACUACUGAUCUUUUUGUUCCAUAUCUGAUGAGUUUUCUUAGCAGUUUUUACUCUGGCUGUUUUUUUUUUUAUUAAUUUCUGUGUGUGAAUUGAAGCAAAAAUGUCCAACAGGCCUUAAUAGAUGUGCUGAUGAUA